UCUUUUGGAUGCUUUUAAAGUUGAAAGUUGUACUUUGGAUAGGGUGUAGGGAAGCUGUGGGAUGCUCCUGAUACCAGGGGCGGACUGACAACUCAUGGGGCCCCCGGGCAAUAGGGGAUCAUGGGGCCUCUGUGACCUCGCCCACACUCAAAGCACACCCAAAAAAGCCUAUAAAAGGUACCAGGGGCAUCUCAUGGGGCCCCCUACUGACCCCGGGCCCCCGGGCAGUGCCUGAGUUUCCAAAUG